CUACCGACAGCCUGUACAUGUCCUCGUGACGGUAGCGGUGCUCGUUGCCAUGGCAACUCAAAGCCAAGCAGCGACUAAGGAAGACUACAACAACCUGAUGGACUUCCUCUUUAAGGAUUACAGAAAAGAAGUCCGACCUGUCGACCCAGAUUUCAACUUAACGAUUAUUUUUAUCAAAUUUUCCCUUUUCUCUAUCAUUGACGUAAGUGAUGCUUGUCAUUAUCAUUUCCUUGCUGCUGAUAGUCAUUGCUUUGUGUGUUUGUGUGUGUGUGUUUUUAUUAUUGUUGUAUUGAACUUCUCAGAUGAACGAACAGGGCCAGACAAUGAAGACAAACGCUUUGUUGGAUGUAGUCUGGUCAGACAAAGACCUCAACUGGACUGCGGAGGAGUUCGGAGGGAUUCACAGCAUCCUGGUCAAGCAGAACAAGCUCUGGCUACCAGACAUCGUGGUGGACAACACGGUGACCCCGCAGACAGAGCUGGGCUACAAGAAUCGCCAGGUACGGGUGUUUUGGUUUGGUUACCAGGAUUGGCAACCUACGGGAGUGUUUGAAACAUCCUGUGAUAUAGAUGUGACAUAUUUUCCAUUCGACACACAGGUGUGCUCCAUUGUGUUCACCACAGCUAUGUCCACCACAGACGAGAUGUAUAUCUUCAUCAACGAUACUUAAUCCAGUCUUACUGGACAACUUCUCACCGGACGGGAUCUGGGAUGUUGUCAACACGUCAGCACAAAACAAGGAGGCUGAGAACAAAAAAGCCCGCAUAGUGUUUAGUGUAGGCUUCGUGAUGGUGUACAUUGUAUUUAGUGUAGUCUUCCUGGUAUUGUAUAUUGCAUUAGCGUAGACUUCGUGACAGUGUACAUAGUAGCUUGGAAGUCAAUAUCGAGGUUGUAGACUUUACCUUUUCUAUAAUUAUACAGUUUCUUGUGGUUAUUUAAUAUCAAUACUGUUCCGUUAUAUUAUAAACCAUAUACAUGAUGUCAUAUGCUAUUUAUAGUUACAGUUGAAGCGACGACCUACGUUCUACGUCCUCAACAUCAUUCUGCCUGUAAUGUUCUUGGCGAUGACAUCAUCAUUGGUCUUCGCACUUCCGGCGGAAUCCGGCGAGAAGAUGAGUCUGUCCAUCACCGUGCUGCU